AUGCUUUCGAGGGCGGCACGUCCGGCUCUGAGAGCUGGCGCUGCGGCUGCGGCUAUUCCUGCUCGCCCUCUCCCUCCCUACAGCACCGCCAACAAUGCCGCAACCUACGCCACGCUCCGAGAGAUCGAGGGCCGUCUCAAGUCCAUCCGCAACAUCGAGAAGAUCACCAAGACCAUGAAGAUCGUCGCCUCCACCAAGCUCACCCGUGCCCAGCGUGCCAUGACCGACGCCGGCAAGUACGGCAAGGCCUCCAACGAGGUCUUCGAGAGCGCCGAGACCAAGCCCCUCGAGGGUGAGGACAAGAAGACCCUCUACGUCGUCUGCAGCUCCGACAAGGGUCUCUGCGGUGGUGUGCACUCCGGUCUUUCGCGAUGGAUCCGCCGCAACGUCGGUGCUGGCCAGCCCGCCGCCGACAUUGUCGUCAUUGGCGAGAAGGCCCGCGCCCAGCUCACCCGUACCAACGGCCAGGACAUCGUCCUCAGCUUCGCCGGCGUUGGCAAGGACGUCCCCACCUUCGCCGAUGCCCAGGCCAUCGCCGACCAGAUCACCCAGCUGCCCACCGAGUACUCGGACGUCAAGAUCCUGUACAACAAGUUCAUCAACGCCAGCAGCUACGAGCCCAACAUCGUCCCCGCCUUCUCCGAGGAUGCCAUCCUGGCAUCGCCCAACUUCUCUGCUUUCGAGGUCGAGGAGGAGCUCAUCGGCAACCUGCGUGAAUACGCCCUGGCCAACUCUCUGUACUGGGCCCUGGCCGAGGGCCACGCCUGCGAGAUCUCUGCCCGACGAAACGCUAUGGAUAACGCCUCCAAGAACGCUGGUGAGAUGAUCAACAAGUACCAGAUUCUGUUCAACCGAACACGUCAAGCCGUCAUUACCGGAGAGCUGGUCGAGAUUAUCACUGGUGCCACCGCCUCCGCCGACAUGUAA